CCCUCUGCCCUGGACGGGAACCACUGUAGCUGUAGCGCGGUAGUGCUGCGGCUCUCUUCUACGUGCCGAGGCUCCAGCGGUCUUUCACCUUCAUCACACCCAGAUUAAUGAUGCUUGAACUGAGCUGUUAAGGGUUUUGAAGUCAAAAAUCAUUAAUAAUGGCAGGAAAAUCCUCACUUUUUAAAGUAAUUCUCCUUGGAGAUGGUGGAGUUGGGAAGAGUUCUCUGAUGAACAGAUACGUAACUAAUAAGUUUGAUGCCCAGCUCUUCCACACAAUAGGUGUGGAAUUUUUAAAUAAAGAUUUGGAGGUGGAUGGACAUUUUGUUACCAUGCAGAUCUGGGACACGGCUGGGCAGGAGCGGUUCCGAAGCCUGAGGACACCAUUUUACAGAGGUUCUGACUGCUGCCUGCUCACUUUUAGUGUGGAUGAUACACAGAGCUUCCAGAACUUGAGCAACUGGAAGAAAGAAUUCAUAUAUUAUGCAGAUGUAAAAGAGCCCGAAAGUUUUCCUUUUGUGAUUUUGGGCAACAAGAUCGAUAUAAGCGAACGGCAGGUGUCUACAGAGGAAGCCCAAGCCUGGUGCAGAGACAACGGCGACUGUCCUUACUUCGAAACCAGUGCAAAAGAUGCCACCAAUGUGGCAGCAGCCUUUGAGGAGGCAGUUCGAAGAGUUCUAGCUACCGAGGAUAGGUCAGAUCAUCUGAUCCAGACAGACACGAUCAAUCUCCACCGAAAGCCUAAGCCAAACUCAUCUUGCUGUUGAUUGUAAUAGUCCAUGCAUUCUAACCAGCUCACAUGUUUACACACAGUAAACAUGAGGGUGGCUAAAUGAAUUAGCAUUUGCAGCAGUGUUCAUUUACUAAUAAAAUUAAACUAAUGUAUAUUGCUGCUUCAUUAAUUGGUGGCAGAAGGGACACAUCCACUCUGGGGAAAUCUAUUUACUCAGUAAUGACACCUUACACUUAGAAAUUGUAAUGGUUGUCUGAUGUUUCUUUAAUUUAAACAUGUUAAGUUAGCACUAAUGAAAUGACCAUGAAUUUAAUUGUACUUCAAACAAAAAUCUUGGAUAUUCUGGAAGUUAUACUUGUGUGUCCCCCCCCCCGAAAAAUGGAAAACUACUUUUAUAUGUGUAUAUUUUUAUGUAAUUAGCAUUCUAUUCUUGGUUCGGGGAAAUAAUUCCUAAAGCAAUAAAUAUUAAAGAUUAAAAUCUAAUGUGUUU